AUGGCAUCGACUACCAGUGCCAAGAUGGUAAGUAUAGUAACGUUUAUAUGCGCAGCAUAAUAUAAAUUUGUAAAGUGAGGUCGAGUUUUGUGUAAGAAUGUUUUUUAAGGUUUUUUUGUGAUUUUCGGGGUUUAAAAAGUUUUUGAUAGCUACGGCCUAUGUUAAUAUAGGUUAUCGCGAUAACUUUUUAUAAUAUAGGGUUUUUUUGCUGAAUUGGGCAAUUAUUUACUUUUUUACAGAUAAAGCAUUGAUGUUUUAUUCUUAAAAUAACAUUUUUUCUUUGUAUUUCUUAGUGUUUUCUAAUUAUAAUACUUCUUGACCCUUUCUAUUUAUUUUUUGACCAAAGUAAACCUUACUUUACAUUUGAAUUGCAGGCUGAAGACUUUGUUGGUGGUAGAAGAUCGCUGUACCUGUACGACGCGCCUGCAGACUCGCCCAACCUGCUGUCACCUCCAUCCACAACCAACUCGUCGUCCUCGUUGGUCUACACACGCAAAGAGCUCCUCGACAUUCUUUCAUCGAUGUCGGCGGAGGAGUUUACUGGCAAGACGGAUCCCCUCAUUAAACUAUCUGAUAAUUAA